AUCGCGAAAAGGGUCCCGGCAUGUUAGAAACUAUCCAAAGGGGGUCGCGGCGCAAAAAAAGGUUGGUAACCACUGUUCUAGAACUUAUUGAAAGAGAAAAUUUUAGUUUAAAUCUUAUCGAUUAAAAUCCGAAUCGUGUUUUAGACUCUUCUUGAAUUAAUUCUGAGCAAUCAUGCACGCGAAAGCGAUUGUUUUCGCUCUUCUGUCGGUGGCACUACUUUUCGGCAACGCUGAUGGGUGGGGGUGGGCAAGGAAGGUAUGGCACGGUGUAAAGCGAGCGUGGUAUGGAGCAAAACGCAUAUGGAAAAGGCAUGCAUGGGUCCGUAAAAUUGUGCACGUUGGAUUGACGCAUGCUGUGAGAUACGGGUUAGCAGCGGUGGGAGAUGUCAAAGAACUGCGGGAAAUGCCUGACGAGGAAUUUCGUGACAACAUGGACAAACUUGCUCUAGAACUCAGCAAAGACUUGAGCGAAAAACAAGUUGACGACGUUGUUGAUGGUCUGACUGAAAUGAGAAACCUGAGCGAAGACGAGUUUGCAAAACUUGAGAUCAUGAUUAACGAUAUGGAAGAGGGUGAAGAACUUCCGAAAUAUGACAACGUGCGUCUGCUUGACAUACUGAAAUUAGCUUUCCGUAACCAGUAG